AUGCUCACGGGAGCGGGGACAGAAAAGGCUGGCCAGACUGAUGCGAGGGGCACGCCUGUGAUGCACGCAUCCUGGACUGACAACUUGGGUGGUUAUAGCCUGGACCGCCUCCCUUGGAUGGAUUCGUCCAUUUAUCCCGUCCAGGGGAGGCUCAUUUACGAGCAGCCUGUGAAAGGUGUUCCGGCGUACUUUAUGAACUCCUACAUGCACAACUGGCCCGAUACUAUUUGUGAGGGAAUCCUGGCUCGCAUCAAGGAGGCCAUGAAACCGGGAGACAGCAAGUUGCUGCUCUAUGAGCUCAUCAUUCGGCAAGUCGGGGCCUACUGUGAAGCCACGGGUUUGCACAUGAUGGCCAUGGCCCUCUGUGGACCUGAGGAGCGAACAACUAAGGCCUGGCACGACUUGAUCGAGCCAGGGCCGGCCUGA